AAGCAGUCUGGAUAUUCUUCUCUGAGUUUAAUCCUGCAGAACUUCUGCUCAGUGGAUGUUUUGUUUCGUUUUGUGUUCACACCGUUCUGUGUAAACUGAAUAGACUGUUAUCCAUGAAAUCCUGGGAGAUCAUCAGACCAUGCCUCAUUCGGAGGCAUCAGACCAUGCUUCAUUUGAAAUCACUUUAAUCAUUAAGACAUUUUUUCCCCAUUGACCUAUAUUUAUGCACUGUGGUGCUGCCACAUGAUUGGCUGAUUGGAUAACUGCAUGAAUGAGCAGGAGUACAGGUGUUCCUAAUAAAGUGGUCAGUGAAUGUAUUUAAUGUGUUUCAGGGUGGAGUUUUCCUUUAGCUGUAUAUUAACCUUUUUGUUGCCACAGCUCCUGUUGUUAUUAUUAUAGAGCAGUACAAUGAUGGCAGAAGGAUGUGAAUUUGACCUGAACUACAUCACAGAACGCAUCAUUGCGUUAUCCUUCAAUCAGACAUGCCCAGAGAAGGCCUACCUGCACAACUUAUACAACAUCACACAGAUGUUGCAGUUCAAACACUCGGACAAUUACAUGGUUAUCAACCUCUCGGAGCCCAGGGAAGAGCUAAGGAGGUUAAACGUCAGGGUACUGGAUGUUGGCUGGCCCGGACAGCAUGCUCCAUCCCUACAUUUACUGUGUUCUAUAUGUAAAAGCAUAGAGAACUGGCUCAACACACACAGCGAGCAUGCCCUUCUGCUGCACUGCAGGGGCACUAAAGACCGGGUAGGAGUAGUCAUUUCAUCCUACAUCAACCUUCCUAGCGUCUCUAGCAGUGGAGAGAAGGCCUUAGACUGGUACACCAUGAAAAGGUUCUACAGUGAUAAGAUGGCUUCCCUUAUGACUCCAUCCCAGAAAAGGUAUGUGCAGAUGUUUGGCAAGCUUCUGGCCCAUCAGAUAAAGAUAAACUCCUCUCCUCUUCUCUUCCACUGCAUCUCUCUGAAGCACAUGCCAAACUUUCACCAGACAGUAUGUGGACUGUUUGUGAGAGUAUACCAAGACAUGCAGCUGGUGUGCACAACAGGAAUACAUCAGAUCUCUGUGGGGCAGACAGACAAAGUGUAUUUUGCACUGGAACCACCACAGCUUCUCAAAGGGGACAUUGUGAUUGUAUGCUAUUAUAAGAACGUUGCCAAGAGGAGCAGAGAGACUGUGUUUCGCAUACAGUUUCACACAGGCACUUUUCAUGGACACCCUUCCGUCUUCCACAAAAAGGACCUUGAUCUUGCAAACAAAGAUCCCAGAUUUCCGGAGGAAGGAGAGGUGGAGAUAGUUUUCUCAGAAAAUAUGGCGAAAAUUCCAGGUUUUCCACAAGGUAGUGUUGGCUGGAAGAACAGCUCUGCCAUUUCCAUUGACUACGACACACUGGAUCCUCUAGUUCACUGGGAUUCCUAUGAGAACAUUACAACAGGAGCUCAGCUGACUGAAAACGCACUGUCCUCCGUGAGCAGUGAUUCUGGGCUCUCCGCUAACUCACUGUGUACCGGAGCAGCAGGCGCAGGACUCCAGAGCCAAGUCCAGAAAGCCACUUUUACGGGCAGCAUGGCAGAGGAGCAGCUUCGUGUGCAUGUCCUAACCUCUGAGAUUGCCAUCACGAGUGAUGGAGAUGAGAGAGCAACAGGUGAAAAUUUCCAUUAUAUAGACCCUGGUUUUCACAUGAAUGGUAAACGCACGAGAGCACAACGAGAAACCAAUAUCCUAGAUGAUGAGGAUGAGCAUACAUCUGCUGCUACAGUGUCAGACUCUAAAGAAACAAGCCUUAAACUUCCUGUUUUGAGUAGAUGUGAGUACUCAAAAGAUGAUGCUGGAGAUGGGGUACACCCAGAUAACACACAGACUCACACUCGCACGUCGUCCAGCAGUGAUCAGACACACAUAUGGGUGAAGCAGCAACAGCUAGUCUCUGCUGGUUCUUACAUGUACACCAUACAGUCAGAUAGACUGGAACAGAAAGUGGAAUCAGGGAUUAAAAAUGACUCUCUGGAGGCGGAGCCAGAGGCAGACAAGGAUGACGAAUUUGCUUCCCUCGCUUUGGAUAUUGACCAUUCAAUUGAGCAGCUGAACCAACUGAUCCUAGACCUGGACCCAGAGUUUGAACCCGUACCCACACUGGCUAGGGGUCACAUGACCUGCUCAACCUCUGUGCGCACCAAUGGAGUUGGACACUUAGUUGGCCAAGCAAAAUCCAGCCAAUCAGGGCAACCUGGAGCCUAUCUCAGGGAACUCAGGGCACGAGGCGAGGGACAUCCUGGACAGGGUGCCAACUCAUCACAGGGCUGUAGGAAUAAGCCGAUUACUAACGCCACUAAUGAGCCUGCAUCCAGGUGCAGCGACGGUGAUAUUUUACAGCCAUUAUCAAAGACUGCUGUCUACAAAUCAUCUGAGUGUGGAGGUCUGUAUGGUAGUGACACAGUGGACUAUGGGGAUUUCAGUUCUGAGAAUGACAGUCUGUUAUGGGUGGAUCUUAACCAAUCUCCCCUGACACCUACAUUUCCUGUGACACCACCUACACCUUACGUAAAGGGUGUGUAUGACUUUUCCCAUGUGAGUCUCAACUCUCAGCCCAGCCCACAGCACCUGCUCUCAAGGACACAGCAAGAAUCGAGGGGAUAUAUGGAUAAUAUGACACACUCUUCCAUGUCAUCAGAUGGAGACGAGUUUCACUCUGAAGUAACAUCUAGGCCCACCCCCUGCCAGAGAGGGUUUGGCUCCAUGCGCUCAGUGAGCACCUCAAGUCCACUCCCCAACAUUAACAGCUCUGUCCCGGCUCAUUCGUGGUUAGAGAGUGGUUCUAACACCCCCCUGAGUUACUACACACCCCAGCCUUCACCUCCACUGUCACUUUCCACCCCUAAUGCCCACAGCUCCCCUCGUGCCCUGCCACCCAGUCUUGACUUAGGGAACUUGGAACUUAGUCUGCUGGAAGCAAUGGAGGGUCUGGAGUCUCUGGACUUUAAUGGAACACAGCCUCCAAUGUUACCUCAGAAGAGGAGAGGGAUGGAUGGAGGAGAGCUAUCCCUGAACUCACCACUCAGACUAAGUGGAAGUUCCAAUAACAAUGGGUCACCUACAGCAUCUUGUCCUAGUCCAGAUUCAUUUUCCAGUAAAGCAGACAAGGUGAAAUUUGUUCAAGACACGUCAAAGUUCUGGUAUAAGCCGGAUAUCACUAGAGAGCAGGCCAUCGCAGUGCUGAAAGAUAAAGAGCCCGGAGACUUUAUCGUCAGAGACAGUCACUCAUUUAGAGGAGCAUAUGGACUAGCCAUGAAGGUGGCCACGCCCCCGCCUUCUGUCCUACAGCAGAGCAAGAAAGUGGGGGAUCUGACCAGUGAGCUUGUGCGUCACUUCCUGAUCGAGUGCACACAGAAAGGAGUGAGGCUGAAGGGCUGCCCAAACGAACCCUACUUCGGAAGUUUGACAGCCCUCGUGUGCCAACAUUCCAUCACACCACUGGCUUUGCCCUGCAAACUAAUCAUCCCAGACAGAGACCCUCUAGAAGAGUUGAACGAGUCUGAAGGACAGACUUCUACAAACUCAGCCACCGAGUUACUGAAACAAGGAGCAGCGUGUAAUGUAUGGUUCCUGGGCAGUGUGGAGCUGGAGUCUCUGACAGGUGUACAGGCAGUACAGAAGGCCACCACAGUGAGUCUUAGUCAGGAUCCUCCAGCCAUUUCCACUAUCGUUCACUUCAAAGUGUCUGCUCAGGGCAUCACGCUUACAGAUAACCAGAGGAAAUUGUUCUUCAGGAGACAUUAUCCUGUCAACACAGUCAUAUUCUGUGCCCUGGAUCCACAGGACAGAAAAUGGAUGAGAGAUGGCUGCUUGGAAUCGAAGAUCUUUGGCUUUGUAGCGAGGAAGAGUGGGAGCAGCAUGGGGAACGUAUGUCACCUUUUCGCAGAGCAUGACCCCGAGCAGCCGGCCAGCGCUAUUGUCAACUUCGUCUCCAAGGUGAUGAUUGGCUCUCAGAAGGCCAAAUAAACUCAAACGUGCCCUUUUAUUCAGCCAUUUUCAUAUUCCACUCUGGAAUGACAGGCACGUGGCAACCGCUUCUUCUUUUUUUUUCAAAACUGUGGAAAUGUCGACUUGUGUCGCCAAAACGAAUACAAAAAUGAACCUUUUUGUACUUGCAUAGAGGACAUUGAAACUACUACAAACUAUUAAAGACUACCAAAAGAAUAUUGAAGACUAGAGCAUGGCCUUUGCUCAGUUUCACAUGUUCUUUAAAUGAGCACUGGGCACACAUUUGAGCUUCAUGGCCUUGAGCUGCUUUGUGCCUUUUACACAGAUUAUCCAAUAGAGGGAGUCCCAUCUCCCAUCUCAGUUUAAAAUAACUUUAAGAUUACCGGCUGUGUCGGUUGCAAAAUGAAGCACCAUGUGAUCAGAGUUACAGUCUGUAUUGUGCAGAGUCUGCAAGUCCUGUGUGAAUGCUUUCAGAACUCUGUUUCCAGUAAGCCUAGAUUUGAAAGCCCUUCAUAAAAUCCUUAAAACAUUUCCCAGCACUAUUUCGUUUUCCACUGUUUCCAAACUCCAGUAAACUGCACUGCUUCUAGAAUUAAAUAGAACUGUCAAGUCCAAUAACUGAUAUUGAAUCAUUAUUUUUGCUCUGCCAAAGAUAAUUCACUUUGAUGAUGAAACAUGUCUAAAAGAUAAUGUGUUUAUCUUAUAUUAUCAUUGGUUAGACACAUUUUGCAGGAUUUGGGCUGCUAAAUGACUCACUGUUUAAUAUCAAUUGAAAAAAUGUAGUGCUAAAGGAGCAUGAAGAGCCCAGAAGAAAACGAAUUUCUUCUUGAAACUGGACUGUAGCCUGAAGCCUCUCUGUUACUGCCAUAAAUAACAUAUUACAUGUAUUCAUUUUCCUGUUUAAAUUCUGAUAUGAAUAAUUAGUGGCAUUUGGCAUACUGUAUUGGUAAAAUACGUAUCAUAUGCAUCAUAGCUCAUAUUUUGUGUAUGCUUGUUUUAUAUUCAUCACUGCUUGCUUGUAAUUUGCUGGUUGGAAUUUGUUCACUAAACCAAUCGAUUUGUGAGUUGGCCAGCUUUGUCUAUUGAGUAUGGACUGUUAACUAUUUUUAUAAUCAAUUUAUGAACCUAGUAUGACUCAUGAUGAAUCAUAUUUAAUGUAAGUGCACAUAUUUAUUUUCAGCAUUAAGCAUUUUCUUACGUUGCAUUAUGAUCUGUUUGGAAAAUCGAUGUAUUCAUCUCAUAAAGCAUAUCAACUAAUCCACCAAUCUGAAGGAUUUUAUUCCAUGUCAGUGAAUUCUCUGCGAAAAAUGAAACUUCAUUAUAAUUCAGAACUUAUAAUGCAGCUUUCAUAGAUUUGUUCCCCCUCUCAAUGCAGCAACCUAAGUACGUAGUUAGUGAAGAAAAUUGUCAAAAUUUUUAGCAACAUUAUUGUUUCUUGCAGCCUGGUUACAUCUCCCCCACUGCAUAAUAAAGUAAUGAUGAUGAUUACCUCCAUUCAGGUGUAUUUGUUGUAAAUGAUGUAUAGAUAUGUCUGCAUCCUGUAUUCUUAUAUAAUAAAAGCAAGUUGACAAUCUAGUGUCAUUUGGCAAUAUAUGAAGACUGACAUGUUUCAGUCCAAACCAGCAGGUGGCAACAGUUAACACACACACACACACACACACACACACACUUUGACACUCACCAUUGACAAAAUUAGUAAUGCAGCUAAUUAAUGCUAUGUAACAUUUAACUGCUACACCUUUACCUCAGUAACCGCAGAGGAACCUUUUAGCUCUUUUAUUUAUAACUUUGGUGAUAAAAAAAGAAAAAAGCAGUUAUCCUUGUGGGAACCAGUCAAAUGUCCCUACUAGUUCAAAACUGUUAGAUAUUCAUAUCAUUGUGGACACACACACACACAGACACACACACACAGACACACACACAAUGUUUAAAAUAUAAAAUGCAAAUGAGAUCUAAAACAUACAUAAUUAUAGACAAAAGCAAUUCCUUUUAAAUGGAGACAAUCAUUUACACGUAAUCGUACAUGGGUGUUUGCAAGAAAAAAAAACAGAUUUCUAUAUUGGAAACUAACAAUGGCUCAAACAAUCGUAAUAAUAC